AUGGGGGCUUGUUGCAGUUGCUUAUCAGGACGCGGAGGCGAUGGCAGCCACAACCAGUUACUAUUGGCUGAGAACGAACGAGAGGCCAUUAGUGCGUUACUACAGUAUCUCGAGAACCGGUCGGACGUCGAUUUCUUCAGUAAUGGGCCCUUGAGGGCGCUCAGCACCUUGGUCUAUUCUGAAAAUAUCGACUUGCAAAGAAGUGCCGCGUUGGCGUUUGCAGAGAUUACCGAGAAGGACGUUAGAGAAGUGAAUAGAGACGUGCUUGAGCCCAUCUUGAUCUUGUUGCAGUCGAGCGACUCCGAGGUCCAACGAGCUGCAUGUGGUGCCUUGGGCAACCUUGCCGUCAACACCGAGAACAAGAUCUUGAUUGUCGAGAUGGGUGGGUUGGAGCCCUUGAUUAGACAAAUGUUGUCGACAAAUGUCGAAGUCCAGUGUAAUGCCGUUGGCUGUAUCACCAAUUUGGCCACGCAGGAUGACAAUAAGCUGAAGAUUGCCAAAAGCGGGGCAUUGAUCCCGCUUACCAAAUUGGCCAAGCUGAAGGAUAUCAGAGUGCAAAGGAAUGCCACUGGUGCAUUGUUGAAUAUGACGCAUCUGGGCGAAAACAGACAAGAGUUGGUCAAUGCGGGGGCAGUGCCAGUCUUGGUGAGUCUAUUAUCCAACGAUGACGCAGAUGUCCAGUACUACUGCACCACGGCCUUGUCCAAUAUCGCCGUCGACGAGUCCAACAGGAAGAAAUUGGCAAACACGGAACCGAAAUUGGUGAGCCAGUUGGUGAGUUUAAUGGACAGCCCCUCACCUAGAGUUCAGUGUCAAGCCACGCUUGCCUUGAGAAAUCUCGCUUCCGAUUCUGGCUAUCAAGUGGAAAUAGUGAGAGCCGGCGGUCUUCCGAACUUGGUUCAACUUCUCGUGUGCAACCACCAGCCAUUGAUCCUUGCCGCUGUCGCCUGCAUUAGAAACAUCUCCAUCCACCCAUUAAACGAAGCACUCAUCAUUGAAGCAGGCUUUUUGAAACCUUUGGUUGGUUUGCUAGACUAUACCGACUCUGAAGAAAUUCAGUGCCACGCGGUAUCCACCUUGCGUAACUUGGCUGCAUCGAGUGAGAAAAACAGAACGGCAUUAUUGGCUGCUGGUGCAGUUGACAAAUGCAAGGACUUGGUUUUAAAAGUGCCACUUAGUGUACAAUCGGAAAUCUCAGCAUGCUUUGCCAUUCUCGCCUUGGCAGAUGACUUGAAACCUAAAUUAUACGAAGCCCACAUCAUUGACGUGCUUAUCCCCUUGACCUUUUCCGAGAAUGGUGAAGUUUGCGGCAACUCGGCUGCCGCUUUGGCUAAUCUUUGCUCACGAGUUUCACCCGAGCAUAAGCAGUAUAUCUUGAACAACUGGUCGUUGCCAGAUGAAGGCAUACACGGUUUUUUGAUUAGAUUUUUGGAAUCUGGUAGUGCUACCUUUGAACACAUUGCGUUGUGGACUAUUUUGCAACUACUUGAAUCGAAUAGUCCCGAGUUUAAUCAGUUGAUCUCGGAUGAUGAGUUAAUCUUGACCGGUAUCAAGCAAAUGAGUCAAUCACAACAGCAAAAUGCUGGCGACAUGCAAGUUAAAAACGGUGGUGUUGGCAACAGUAAUGGUAAUGGCGAUGGAGAUGAUCAAUACGAAGAUCCAAAGAUUGAGUUGUACAACUUGACUCAACAAAUUUUGCAAAUAUUGGGAUAA